CAAAAAGGAAAUUUAAACACACACAUGAUAAUCCAUACAGGACAGAAGCCUUUCUGUUGUGAUCAAUGUGGACAAAGCUUUAGCCAAAAAGGACAUUUAGACAUACACGUGAGAAUCCAUACAGGACAGAAGUCUUUCUGUUGUGAUCAAUGUGGACAAAGCUUUAGCCAAAAAAGAUAUUUAGACAGACACAUGAUAAUCCAUACAGGACAGAAGCCUUUCUGUUGUGAUCAAUGUGGACAAAGAUUUAGACGAAAAGAACAUUUAGACACACACAUGAUAAUCCAUACAGGACAGAAGCCUUUCGGUUGUGAUCUAUGUGGACAAGGAUUUAGCCGAAAAGGACAUUUAGACACACACAUGAUAAUCCAUACAGGACAGAAGCCUUUCUGUUGUGAUCUAUGUGGACAAAGAUUUAGCCGAAAAGAAAAUGUAAACAGACACAUGAGAAUCCAUACAUGACAGAAGCCUUUCUUUUGUGAUUCGUGUGGACAAAGAUUUGGCAAAAAAUUGAAUUUAAACAGACCCAUCAGAAUCCAUACAGGAGAGAAAAUGGCUCUGCUAUGAAUACUUACUCUAAAUCCACAGUUGUAGUUUGCUGUGAGAAUUUUGUGUGUUGUUAAAGGCAACAGUCUUCACUGGCUGGUUUCUGCAUUUUUCUAGUAGCUAAUUUUUUAAAUUUGUCUUAAAACAUUUACAAUUUUUUUAUCACUGUAUUUAAAUUUUUCGGACUGAGGUGUAGCACAGGUGUGUUGUCAGUCUAUGCCCACUGCUCAAACCACUAGGUACACCCUCCUUAGGUAGUGAUAUUUCUCUAUGAUUUUCUGAUGUUUUACCCACGUUAGUAAGGGUAUUCUUUUUCUGAUUCAUUGAUUUUAGUUAAUCUGUGGGUCCCCUACAUCGAACCUCAGAAUUUAAUUUGGAGAAACAUAGAUGUUUAUCCUUGAUAGUUGUGUUAUGUGCGCUGUGGCUGGUUAAGAUAAUGUUCACAUACAGUUGAAACCAGAAGUAUACAUCCACUAUAUAUAAAGAAACAUAAGCUAUUUUUCAUGAAAUCAGAAUAAAUCCUUCCCGUUUUAGGUGUGUUAGGAUUACCAGAAUUAUUUCUAUUCUGUAAAUAUCAGAAGAAUGAAUUACGUUUUUUGGACCUUUAUUUUAUUGCAUAGCAUACUUUUUCAGCACUCAGCAGAGAACUACCAAGCAAUACAUGGUGAUCCAAUUUCUCACUAAAGUUAAGAAACAUCAUCCCAGCUGAUGAAACUUCUGAACUGUCCUGGCUUUGAGGAGACGUGUCCUCUGAUAAGCACUGCGGGGGUCCCUGGUGGUUGGGAGGGAGUCCAACAUUUAGCAAGGGUUUCUCGCUUGGGAGAAACCCUCUGUUUUAUCAAUCGAAGUCUUUGUAUACUAUUGCAAAUGUCACCAGCAUUGAUCUUGCUUUUGUUCAUCUCGGAAGUAAAAAGAUCCCACAUGAA